AAUGAAUGGAUCCAACUAGUAUUUUUCCAAAUGUGAAUUAGAUCAGCGAUCGAUCCAAAACGAAUCCAGUUCAUAUUUUGUGUGUUCCGAAUUUUCCCCAUCGAUCAUUACAAGCGAUACAGCUAUCAGGUCAACCGAAACAAUUCAACUGUCUCCUAGACAUACGUGAUCGAAAUUUUGAUCGAUUUUGAUCCGAGUUUAUAUCAUGCACAAACGGCAGACUUAUCGACCAGUAGACGUUUGGUGUCUGUGCGGGCGUAGAUAGAAGAUGGGGAAAAUGAAGUUUUGCGCCUUGUUCGUUAUCGUUUUUUGCUUUUGUUGUACCUCAGCUGCUCCGAGCGAAACGGUAGUGAAAAAUGAAGAAGAAAACGUUGAAAUUGGUAGAGAAUUGAUCGAACAAGGUCGCACCUUCGUGCAUCACGCAGUGAAGAGGUUCAUGAUCAUUCUGCCGGCGAUCUUCUUCAAGUUGGGCAUAGCCUUCACGCUCCUCCUGAUCGUCACCCUUGUGGCCGUGAACAACGGUUUCAUCGGCUUCCUCCUGCUGGUCGUCGGCAUGAGCAGCGUGCUGGCCCGUCUUCAGGAAGCCAGGAGACCCCCUCCGGUGGUACCUUAUAUCCAGUCGAUACCGACCGCUUACCACCAUCACGGAUGGGACAGAUCGGACAACCAGGAUGGUCAGCAGGCCUCGAAGGGGGUUUACGACCAACAAUAUGCGCCCAGCGUCGGGUAUUACACCAGAUAUGUGGCGAACGCCUCGUAAAAAUUUAGCUAUACCGAUACUACCACAAAUUUUGACGAAAUUGUCAGUGUAAGUCGCUAGUUUGUAUCAUUACAUAGUUUCCAGAUUGCAAAUAUGCCAAUGACAAUCUUUUCCAGAAAGAAAUACUUGUUUGUAAGCAAUCUGAAGAAAACUAGAUUUGAAGAAGCUAGGCGUUACGUUCAAGCACACAAUAUUAACCUUAUUUGAAGCAUAUAUUUCAUUUUUUCUUGAAGGCUCGUAAAUACAUGUGUUCAAAUGAAGAUUCAUCCUGCGGAAAACCAAAGAUUAAGAUACAGAAUACUCGUAUAACUAUGAUUUAUAAGGAUCAAAUCUCUUGACUAUUGGAAUUGUUAGUCAUUCGAUAUGAUUUUUACACGAGUGUAACGAUUUCAAUGUGUCCAUUUAGAAAUGUUUACUUAUGUCACUUAUUUUCACUUGAAAUUAACUUAUUUCUCAUCCUCUUAUUUAUUUAUUUAUUUAUUGUCA